ACAGGACCUGUCCGUAAUGCAUCGCUCCGGAGUUCCUGUAUCUAGACUGAGAAUUUAGCCGUAAAUAAGGAAGAGUAACCUUCAUUUGACAUAGCUGGGAUGCUUAGCUAGCUGGGUUUUAAAUACUGGUAACGGGGCGCCGCGCUAGCAUUAAAGGUAGCGGUGCUAGCUUAAUAACACGCAUUUCUAAGGAUUGCAUUGUUUUCAUUUGUGUCGCUUCCGUCUACUGAAGCCGUCGCUCGGUCUUUAAUUGAGAUGGCGUCUGCAAAUGCCACAUAUGGACAGAAGGAGUCCUCAGACCAGAACUUUGAUUACAUGUUUAAAAUCCUAAUCAUUGGCAACAGCAGUGUUGGAAAGACGUCCUUCCUUUUCCGCUACGCAGAUGACUCAUUCACACCAGCCUUCGUGAGCACGGUGGGCAUCGACUUCAAGGUCAAGACCAUCUACAGGAACGACAAGAGGAUAAAGCUGCAGAUCUGGGACACUGCUGGGCAGGAGCGCUACAGGACGAUCACCACAGCUUAUUACAGGGGAGCCAUGGGCUUCAUCCUCAUGUAUGACAUCACCAACGAGGAAUCCUUCAACGCUGUGCAAGACUGGUCGACUCAGAUCAAGACAUACUCAUGGGACAAUGCUCAGGUGCUCUUGGUGGGGAACAAGUGUGACAUGGAAGAUGAACGAGUGGUGGCUGCAGAGAGAGGCCGGCAGCUGUCAGAACAGCUCGGUUUUGAGUACUUUGAAGUCAGCGCCAAAGACAACAUUAACGUGAAGCAGACCUUCGAGCGGCUGGUGGACAUCAUCUGUGAGAGGAUGGCAGAGAGCCUGGACAACAACGACCCGACUGUAACCGGAGCUAAACAGGGGCCGCAGCUCAGCGAGCAGCCCCAGAGGUCCCAUCAGGAUUGUGCUUGCUAAACACACACACACACACACACACACACACACACACACACACACACACACACACCUUAUUUUUUCAGUUUCUCUUUUGCUUUCUCUUCAUUUCUUAUAAGCACACACACAAACACUGCCAUACAGAGUCACACAACCUGGCUGCUUUAAUUCUCCACCCCUCUCACUACAUGAAGAGUACCGUCUACAUGAGUCCGAACAAGUUUUCUGAGAUGCUGUCUGAAGGUUUUUGUUCAUUAAAUGUGCUAAUUUAGUCAUAGGGGUGAAGAAAGUUCAACAAAGGUUUUCACAAUCCUGUUUACACACAUGCACACACACACACACACACACACACACACACACACACACACACACACACACACACACACACACACACACACUUGUUCACAAGGCUAAGACUCCAUCACUCCUUAUUGAUGUGUCUGAAAUGGGCGUUUAACUUAAAAAGGUCAUGAAGGGAAAGAUAUUCUCCUCCAGGUCCCACUUAGCACCAAACGCCUCAAACCCGAAUGGAUUAAAAAAAUAAUUUGCCGUCAUUUAACUUUAAGUCCCAUUGAGAAUAUAUGUUUGUUGCCGUAAAUAGAGUUGAUGUUUCUAUUGAAAGUAUUUUGUGUUGGUUGGGUUUGCUUUUUUGAGCAUGUGAAAUCUCUCGUCCUUCCCAGUGUUGAGUUUCUACUGAGAAUUAUGGUCCAAGUCUGACAUCCAAAUUGGGUCAUUUUGAAAGUUUACUUUUUAAUUUUAGGGCUGAUUGCAAGAAACGUCAUGCAUAUCAGUUUGUUAGUCAUGUUACAUUGUUAUCAGAUCUAUUGUGGGCCCCUUCUCAGAUUUUUAAAACCUUUUUCAAGUUUUGGUCCGAUGUAAAAAGCUGCAUAGCCUCUGGGGCUGCUAGAUUUUUAAUUUCUAGUUUUUUGUUUAUUUUUUACUUUUCUUACUAUUUUUAAGACACAAUAAGAGGAUAAGGGACCUUCAUCACAUAGGGAAGAGUGUAUAAAUGUUUAAAAGUGAAUAGAUGUGCAUUUGUAAAUGCAUAUAUAAUAUAAAUACAAAUAUAAUUAACAUAUUAUACAAAUCUGAAUGAUUUAGGAUAUUGGAUUCCUACCUGCUCUUUACUGAGAGGUGCAUGUUGUUUGUUUUUGACCAGUGAUGGUUGCCUGGAUGCUUGUGUGAGUCGUGGCUGAAUUUAAAACCCAUCUGUCCGACACUUUCAGUACCAAAUGGGGGUGAAGAGUUUCUCAUGCUAAGCCCAAGGCCCUUCUCAGUAUAUUAACUUUCAUACCACAUCCAGUGUGCACCAUGCACUCACUUGUCACCAUGCACAUCACAGAGUGCCACCUCCAUCACCUCCCAGAUAGACACAGACAGUUUUCAUCUUUGUUUUGGAGGGAACAUGUUUUUUUAAAGCACGCUUGAUGUCAAAUUGUCAGUUUCAUUUCUCUCUCUGAUGUGAAGGUUAGGGAUUUGCGUUCACAGAUGUGCUGAGGCAUGUGGAAACAUUCAAGUUAUUCCAAAAUAUAACUUAUUUAUUUUGUAUUAUUUAUAACGUAAUUUAUUUUUAAGAUAUUGUUCUUCCUAGAUUAUGCAUCGCUAUCUGCACUUGACUUCUUAAUGAGAUGUUCAAUAGUACUCGAUCGCUUAAACUGUUCCAGCUUUGAUAUGAGAAGGAGUAUAUUUGUGUUUACAGUAAGUACAAAGCUUGACAUGCUUCCUCAUGAGGAAAAUUAAACAUUCCAGUGUAAAAGCCUCUUUAUCAUGUCCACGAGGCUUUGGAGGGAAGUCUGUUUGUCUUUUGAUAUUAGUUAUGUAACAUUUGAGACUUGCUAGUAUAGGAGCCGACUGUUUCUGGCAGAGCAAUAGCAGUUGUUCUCUCCACGCCCAAAUGUGAGCGGUGUACAACCCUGCAGAAGGUUUACUGUCCUGCACAGUACGUGGGUGUGUGUAUGUACAGUUUGCAUAAAGGCAGUGGUAAUAUUUGUUCUCUCCAAAGAGGUCUCGACAAACACAGUCGGAGCCAAAAAGAGUGCUUGUUGUUACACAUUGUUGGACUCGUACUGACAAACUCGUGCUUUCCUACUCAGCAGUGGCUUCGAAGAGAGGAAAUGCUUUAGGAAGUAAACUGAAUAAGCUGAACAUUUUAUUAAAAAAGUGACGGUUCUUACUGCAUUGGUUCACUUGUCUGUUGAUUUUUUUUUUUUGGUUACUUUCAUUGUUAUUUUUUGUUACAGCUGUAAACUUGGCAAUGACUUACGCAUCAACCCCGUCCUCCUCUCUCUGUCAUCAGUAACCUCUGUAAAUAGAACUUUUUUCUGACCGUCGGGUAUUAGUUGUGUGAAUUGUGCUGUAAUUCUGUAAUGCCAGAUUUGCUAUAAAUGAGGAAUCAAUAAACCAAUUCUAAAUGCUGGA